AGUGAUGAGCUUCACUAACGUUGAUAUUUUAACUUGGCUUUGUUUUGUGAAGUUGAUAAGAAUGUAGUGAUUCUUAAAGGAUUCACUGGGUUCGGUUCAGUGGCACGCACCUAAGUCUCAUUUGGAAACCAAAUUGUUCUUACUUGUGUGAAGAACCACAUGAUAAUCAAAGUGAGCUUCAUUGUUGCAGCUUCGAUUGCUGCACUCAAGAUUUCGCAGACAAAAACCAGCUCUUCCACCAAGAGAAAUGGUACACUAAAAUGUUCAGGAAGUGAUGGGUCACACUUGGAACAAGAGUUUGAAGAGAGGGAAAAUAGCACUGUUAAUGCUAAUCAUGUGAUACAGAAUGAAGAGAAGGAGAUUAAAUUUGAAAUGCCACAGAAUCUGCCAACAGGAGAAUUUAAGGACUUGGAGCUGUUAAUAGAUAGUGAGAAAAUGCACAAUGCUACUAAAAAGGAGGUAUUGCAGAAUUUGGUACAAAAUUACAAGCAGAGAGAAGUAAACCUUGAAAGGAAGCUUCUUAAAUUGAAUAGUCUGAGGGAAGAGCAAUCAGCCAUUGCUCAAAUGCAAAAACAAUUAGAGGAAAAGACAGAGACUGUGGAGAUUCUUAAAAAGACCAUUGGUUCCUUGCAGUCAGAGAGUGAAGUUUUUCGAGAAAAAAUAAGAGAGGAUCUAAUGUUAAAAAAGCAGCUAGAUAUUGCAAAGAAAAUGAUGAAUGAGAUGCAUAGGAAAAAGGAUGUUAAUGCAAGCCCUGUGAGGGAGCAGAUAUUGAUGCUCCAACAGCAAGUAGCUGAAUUUCGGAAGUUUAAUAGUUCAGGUGGAAAUGCUAAGGGAAAUAAGAAACUUAAAGAUGUCCAAGACAUGAUGGUUGAAGUUUUGGAACUAAAGAGGAGGAACAAAGAGCUUGAAUUGGAAAAGAGGGAGCUUGUAAUUAAUUUGGCUACUGCACAAGCAAGAAUCAGAACAGAGGAGGAAAUAGGGCCCCGGAUAAAACAAGAAAUUACUGGCUUAAGGCAUGUGCAUGAAGAACUUUCAGAGCAAGUUGAAAGAUUGCAGAGAAACAGAUUUGACAUGGUCCAGGAAGUUGUGUACCAACGGUGGCUUUACACAUUGUUGAAAUUUGAAGUGCAUGAUCAUCAAAAACAAAGUAGAAAGGCCUCAAGAAGAGAUAGCAUUAGGAGCCAGAAUUCAAGCAAAGAACUGUGUGGGAAAAAGCAUGCAUCAAUAUCUGAUCUUGAGCUUGAAAGCGUCUCUUCCAAUUCCACAUCAAACGAAAACGAUGAAAUUGAAACUAAUACCUUUGAAAGCUCUUCCAGUAGCCAAAGUAGUAGUGGCAGCACGAAACUGAAGAGAUGGAGGACAACCAAAGACUACUCUAACAAAAUUUGGUCAAAGGGUAGAAAUUUUUUUAUCCAACCUGGUCCGAUACAAAGAUUUUCUAUGUCAAUGGUUGAAUCAGAUGUUUCUAAGUUAGAGAGCCUAAUAACGCCAAAAAUUAAAAGAGUUUCUUUCAGCGAUUCUGUCAAACUCUCUACUUAUGAAGAUAUGCCAGAGACAACUACUGAGGAUGCAAUUGAUGACAAAGGAACAAAGUCUGAGCAGAUCAUGGAGCUGACUUCAAGUGUUGUGAACUCUAUCAACAUUGAUUGCAUUGAAAAAAAUGAAGGUGCCAAGAAUAAAAUUGGUCAUUUGGGUGAAGUGUAUUCAAGUGUUGUGAGCUCCACCAACAUUGAUUCCAUUGAAAAGAAUGAAGGUUCCAAGAAUAAAAUUGGUCAUUCGGGUGAAGUGUAUUCCAGUGGUGUGAGCUCCACCAACAUUGAUUUCAUUGAAAAGAAUGAAGGUGCCAAGAAUAAAAUUGGUCAUUCAGAUGAAGUGUAUUCAAGGAAUGGAACCAUUGCUAGAAAGGAUGACAGGAUCAAAACUAUACUAGUGCAGCUGGUAACAUUUUUAUUCUUUUUAUUAAUCCUGCUAGCAUGUUUCAGGAUCAAAUAACAAUAAGACAAUAUCUAUGAAACUUCGGUGAAUUUGUGGUAACUUAUUUUGCAAUGUCUUACACACA